CUCAUCUAUAACUACCCACAGCUCACUAGCUGAUCACGAGCGAGCGAGGUCCAAGGACAGAGGGACCAACUAGCUCUACUACUCGUCAUGGCCAAGCUUUGUGUUGUCCUCCUCACCGCCUGCGCCGCCCUCCUGGCUCUGGGUGCAGCGCCGUCGCUCGCCGGUGACCCCAACAUGCUCCAGGACAUCUGCGUCGCCGACUACAUGUCCCUUCAGGGCCCGCUGAGGGUGAACGGGUACCCCUGCAAGCGGGCGGAGAACGUGACGGCGGACGACUUCUUCUUCGCCGGGCUGGCGAGCGCGGCCGACGUGUACGGCGGCGGCAACCCGAUGGGCUCCGUGGUGACCACGGCGGACGUGGAGAGGCUCCCGGGUCUCAACACCCUUGGCGUGUCCAUGUCCCGCGUGGACUACGCUCCAUGGGGCGGCACGAACCCGCCGCACAUGCACCCGCGCGCCACAGAGAUCCUCUUCGUGGCCGAGGGAAACCUGGAGGUGGGCUUCGUCACGACCGCCGGCAGGCACAUCACCCGAGGCGUGCCCAAGGGCGGGGUCUUCGUGUUCCCGCGCGGCAUGAUGCACUACGAGCGCAGCGUCGGCGAGGCGCCCGCCGUGGCGAUCUCAGCGUUCGACUGCCAGCUCCCCGGCACGCAGAGGCUCGGGGAGGCGAUGUUCGGGGCGGCGCCGGGGGUACCGACGGACGUGCUGGCCCGGGCGCUGCAGACCGACGGCGGCGUGGUGGAGAGCAUCAGGGCCAAGUUCCAGCCAAACUAGGUCACGAUCCACAAGCACGUACGUGCGCCAAAGCGUAACACACACAUUAAGGCGCCUAAAAAAAGAGUGCGUACGUGAUUUAGCGUGUGCUUCAUUUCGGCUCUUUGAUUGCACGGUAAAAGCAUACAUGCGUACGUAAAUCAUCACCACACGUCCUAUAUGUCUUCUCAUCUUGUCUGUCUUUUAGGUGAAAAGCGUCUUAAGUUUGUUGUUGAGCUGCAUGCAGGUAUCGAUGGUUUUCGUACGACGUCCUAAGUUUGUUGUAAUAUUUGCAAUGCGUGUAAAUGUAAUAAAUAAAUGUUUCCAUGAGUUUUCCGGUGACUCGGCCUGCUUUUUUUUUACGGGCGGUGACCCGGCCUGCUUUACUUUGUCCCAAUCCACACAAAGUUGCGGUAAUGCUUUUCUUAGAGAAAAGAUGUCGACCUAGUUUGAGAAGAGCUCGAACCUAACAAAGCCAUCGACCGAUCAGGAUUACAGGGCAGCAACAUAGAAAGAGAAUAGGUAAAAGCGGAGAAAAAGAUAUAAGGAACAAAGUAGAACAACUCGAAGGCAGCCGAGAACAAACCGCAUCAUUACCAACGACCGUCGCUACGCCUACACCAACUAACCUACUAAGGCCGUGGAAGGAGGGCACCACCGUGUAAGUAUUGUGUUCAUCGACUGCCACCAAGGGGCAAACAUGGGCAACAAAGAUUUGUCUCCGCUACUGCAAUGGGCCAUUACCCUUUCACUCAGGCUCGAUCGGUGCCGCACUGACUGCCGGCAGAGUGGUUCCCCUAGAACCCAAAUCAAGGUGUCCAAGCUGCCUAAGGAGGAGCAGACCCACAAGCAACAGGAGCCCGACCACCUAAGCACCGUCGCUAGCAGCGGUGAGACAGAAUGCUGGAUGUGAGUUUUUGAAUGAAGGCGUUGAACCACGGAGAAGG